AUGGACGAGACCUUGAUUUCUACGAUCAACAAGUUGCAAGACGCGCUUGCCCCGCUUGGCGGCGGGCUGCUGCUGCCGGUGGACUUGCCCCAGAUCACCGUUGUCGGCUCCCAGUCGCUGGGGAAGCUGUCGGUGUUGGAGAACAUCGUCGGGCGGGACUUCUUGCCCCGCGGGACCGGGAUCGUCACCAGACGCCCGCUUGUCCUCCAAUUGGUUAAUCGCCGCAAGCCCCACACCAAGGCGGACGAGCUUAUCGACGUCGGCGGCCAGCAGCUGGAAGACAACACCGAGGAGUGGGGGGAGUUCCUCCACUUGCCGGGGAAGAAGUUCUACAAGUUCGACGAGAUCCGCAACGAAAUCGUCAGAGAAACCGACGCCAAAACCGGUAAAAACUUGGGCAUUUCCCCCGUACCGAUUAACCUCAGAAUCUACUCGCCGCACGUGUUGACGUUGACCCUUGUGGAUUUGCCGGGGCUCACCAAAGUGCCCGUGGGCGACCAGCCGAAGGAUAUCGAGCGCCAGAUCCGCGACAUGAUCAUGAAGUUCAUCUCGAAGCCCAACGCCAUCAUCUUGUCGGUGAACGCCGCCAACACCGAUUUGGCCAACUCCGACGGGCUCAAAUUGGCGCGCGAAGUCGACCCCGAAGGUGCCCGUACCAUCGGGGUGUUGACGAAAGUGGACUUGAUGGAUGAAGGGACCGACGUCAUCGACAUUUUGGCUGGUAGAGUCAUUCCGUUGCGGUUCGGCUACGUUCCCGUGAUCAACCGGGGGCAAAAGGAUAUUGAAACCAACAAGACCAUUCGCCAGGCGCUUCAAGAUGAGGCGGCGUUCUUCGAAAACCACCCCGCCUACAAGGCCAAGGCCCACUUCUGCGGUACCCCUUAUUUGGCGAAGAAGCUUAACGGCAUCUUGUUGCACCACAUCAAGCAGACGUUGCCCGAAAUCAAGAACCGCAUCGAAAUGCUGUUGAAGAAGUACACCCACGAGUUGGACGCGUUGGGGCCGGAGUUGGCCGAGCUGCCGGCGCUGAUUGUCCUCUCGAUGAUCACGAGCUUCUCCAAGGACUACAGCGGCCAGCUCGACGGUGAGUCGCAGGAAUUGCUGUCGGCAGAAUUGCUGGGGGGUGCGCGUAUCUCGUUUGUCUUCCACGAGAUCUUCAAGAACGGGGUGGCGCUGUUGGACCCGUUUGACCAGAUCAAGGACGCCGACAUCCGUACCAUCAUGCACAACACCUCGGGGUCGGCGCCGCUGUUGUUUGUUGGUACCGAUGCCUUUGAAGUGUUGGUGAAGCAGCAGAUCCGCCGUCUCGAAGACCCGCUGCAACGGUGUAUCCAGCUCAUCUUCGACGAGUUGGUGCGUAUCUUGUCCCAGAUUGUGUCCGGUACCCAGUACUCGCGGUACCCGGCGCUUAAGGAACAGUUGACCCAGCAGGUGAUCCAGUACUUGCGUGAGGAAGUGGUGCCCACCUCCAAGUUUGUCAACGACAUCAUCAAGCUGGAAGAGACUUACGUCAACACCGCCCACCCGGACUUGCUUAAAGGUUCGGAAGCGAUGGCGAUGGUCGAAGAGAAGUUCCACCCGAAGGCCCCGGUGCAAAUUGACCCCAAGACGGGUAAGCCGUUGCCGCAACCGCUCCAGCCUCAGCAGCAACAACAGCCGCAAAAGGACGAGAACGGGGGCUUCUUCGGCGGCUUUUUCACCCUGAAGAACAAGAAAAGAUUACAGGCGAUGGAGGCGCCGCCGCUGGUGUUGCGGGCGUCGGGGACGAUGACUGAACGGGAGUUGAUGGAGACGGAGGUGAUCAAGUUGUUGAUUCUGCUGUACUACGACAUCGUCAAGCGCACGGUGCAGGACUUGGUCCCGAAGGCGAUCAUGUUGAAGUUGAUCAACAACAGCCGAGACAACAUCCAGAAGAAGUUGUUGGAGAAGAUGUACUCGCUGCCCGACUUGGAGGACUUGGUCAAGGAGAACGAGUUGACGGUGCAGAAGCGGAAGGAGUGCUUGCGCAUGGUCGAAGUGUUGCGCAACGCCUCCGAGAUCGUGUCCAGUGUUUAG